AUGUUCUUCGACAGUGGCGUCGGCGUGGCCCUCUUCUUGCCAGAAGGCGUCGGGUCCGCCUUCCUGGGCUUCUUCGUGGCCGAGGGGGUGGACAGUUUGCGCUUCUUCAUGACCGAGGGGGUGGGCAACUUGCCAGGGCUCUGCGUGCCGUUGCUCUUUGCCGCUUUCGUCUGCCCACCGAGCGCCGCGGGAGCUGGGUCAGGUGCCAGCGCAGCCAGGAACAAGUUGCGAUCCUUCUCAGUCGUGGUCGUCGAGAACGCCUUGGCGCUGCCCUCCGAAGACUUGAACUGGAAGGUGAAAGGGCGCUGUGGCUCAGGCGAGGGCUUCCGCGCGGGCUUCGGUGGCGGCGAGCGCACGUGGAGGUAUGGGCCAGAAUGGAACGAAAUGCUGUCGCGCAGGAAACAAAAGAAAGCGUCAAAUGAGAAGCUGCAUGCUUCAUUGUAUGGCAUCAAAUACUUCAAGAUGCUGGCGCAGCUGAAGGUGCUGUGCAGAUCCAAGGCUGAUCGCUUCAAGUACGAUGCCUACCAUACGCGUCCGACGACAAUUACAACCGUGACGACGAUCUUGCAGACAACGGCGACGACGACGCUGCAGCCGCCGACCACGACAACCACGCCCACGACGGUGCUCGCGCCCCUGCAGUCCCCGGGCAACGCGUCCGCGGAGCUGGAGGCCGGGCUGGUGGCCGAGUGGUACGACUUCGAGGCCGGCACCCGGAGCGUCUCCGCCAUCGACAGGUGCGUGUUCGCACUGGGGCAAGAAGCUCGACCGGCUCGCCGUCCGCUGGAGACGGGGCUGCUCAGGGUCGAGACUCCGGGGCAGUACAGGCCCCGCAGGCUUCGCGCUGAGGGCUGGAGCCGGGCAAUGCAGGCUGGACUGGGGGCGCUGGCGCACGACCUGAGCCAGGCGUUCACCACGGCUCUGGUGGUGCGUGCGUGCACGCCGACCUACCCCGACUGCUACUGCGCCCCGCAGCUUGGGUGCCCACCCCACGCCUGCUCCUGCCCCGGCGGCGAGGGCAUCGUCUCGGCCGCGGAGAGCAGCGGCUUCACCGGCGUGCAGCUCGCCGUGGUGGCGGGGCUCGCGCUGGUCAGCGGGGCGGCGCUCGGGGCCGCCGCGGCGCUGUGGGCCACACUCCCGCGGGCGCCUGCGAGCGCGGCGGUGGUGGCGCCAGCCGCGGUCUCGCCCCCCGCGCGCCUUGCGCCGUGCGGCGCCACCGCCGACGGCGUGAUGGCGGCGGCCGUGGUCGUCGGCGGGUUCCACCUCGCGCACUACAACGUGGCGGGCGUGGCGGUUUACCACGAGAGGCUGAACCUGUAUACCACGGGGUACGUGCUCACGCCGGACCUCGAACACUGGGAGGAAGCGACGGCUCCUGACGCGGAUGUCUGCAGCGUCCAGUUCACAGCUGGCCAAGGGGGGCGCGUGGGCGGCGUGCCGGAGGGCCAGACCCUCCGCUUCGAGCAGAUCCCGUCGGCGGCGGUGGUCUGGGCGGCUCUGCGACGCGGAGCGGCCGCUGCGGCGGCUCUGCGGCCCGCCAUCCCCGACAGCGCCCCCGCGGCCCCGCUGCCCAGCGGGGAGGCCGCGCCUGGCUGGGCGUGGAUCGCCGCCGAGGACGUGGACGGCAGCGUCACCAUCGGGGAGCCGAUGCUGGUGGGCGUGGCUGGUGGGGCCACGCUCGUGGCGCGCGUGGGGCGGCGGGGGCUGUUCAUUUGCCAGGUGGCGGACGUGGCCUACUCCAGGCAGGAGUUCAGAGGCAACGAUGCGAGGACGCUGGAUGUGCCGACGGCGCCUGCUGGAGCUGGGCCCCCCGCGCUGGACUGGCGCGAGGUCGUGCAGAUGUGCCGCGAGGAGGUGCUGCCGGACUUCGCCGUGCCGGCCCCGCGCGCCGCCGCUUGGUGCGCCAGGUACCAGGUCAAGGACGGCGGGCCGAUGCUGCACCACGAUAUGUGGCGCAUUCGGCGCAAGCUCACGGCCGCGGAUUUCGGGGUGGACAUGCAUGACACGUUGUCCAGGAUGCCGGAGGCUAUGGGUGGGCCAGACCACCUCGACGUGUUCAACCUCGCGAGCGCGGAGAUAGGCUACAGGAAGCUCCAGCUCAUCGAGCACUACUGGGACGACCGCAGCGCCGAGUAG